AUGCUGAAGAUUAGAAUAGGUCGUCUCACGGAAUACCAGGUUAUUGGCCGACACUUGCCUACAGAAACAGCCCCAACUCCAAAAUUAUAUCGGAUGAGAAUAUUCGCUCCAAACUCUGUAGUGGCUAAGUCUCGGUUUUGGUACUUCUUGAAGAAGCUUCGCAAAGUAAAGAAAGCAAACGGUGAGAUAGUCAGCCUGAACGUGAUCAACGAAAAACGUCCUCUCAAAGUCAAAAAUUUCGGUAUUUGGAUCCGCUAUGACUCUCGCUCUGGUACCCACAACAUGUACAAAGAAUACCGUGAGAUGUCCCGAACUGAUGCAGUUGAGGCUUUGUAUCAAGAUAUGGCUGCGAGGCAUCGAUCUCGCUUCAGGUCAAUUCAUAUCCUAAAAGUUGUCGAGAUUGAGAAGACAGAUGAUGUAAAGCGACCCUACAUCAAACAACUACUUACUAAAGAUCUCAAAUUCCCCCUUCCCCACCGAAUUGCCAAGUCAGCUAGCUCCAAGAUAUUUGCCAACAAGCGACCAUCAACUUUCUAUUAG